AUGGAUAUCCAGGAGACCCAGCGUCUCCUAUCGGAGUACGUCCAUGAGCUCGCGGAGUUGUUUAAUCGUCUACCCGGAUCUGCGAUUUUUUUGCGCUACGUGAAAUCGAGCUACCAGAAUGAUCCGAUCCGAUCCGCCGUCGAAUUGUUUCUUUUCUUGUUUGCCGUUCGCUACCUGCUGGCGCCGAAGUACUCGACCAAACCUGGCGUCGUGAAGCUCUCCGAGGAUGAGAUUGACGACCUCGUGGACGAAUGGGCGCCAGAACCCCUUGUGGGAGAGCCUACUCCCCUGGAGGAAAUGGAGGUUGAUAAGCGCACGGUGAUUGUUGGUCCGAUCGGUCCCAAGUCGAAAUUGUCCAGCGGCCGCACGGUGACGAACCUCGGUUCUUUCAACUUCUAUAACCUCAACACGAACGAGUCGCUCAAGGAGAAGGCAAUCCAGACACUCCGCAACUACGGUGUCGGACCGUGUGGUCCCCGUGGUUUCUACGGUACUCAGGAUGUCCACAUGAAGACGGAGGCUGAUGUUUCUGCGUAUCUUGGCACGGCGGCUUGUAUUAUUUACUCGCAGGCAUUCUCGACCAUCUCUAGUGUAAUCCCGGCGUUCUCGAAACGCGGAGACAUCAUCGUCGCCGACAAGGGUGUCAAUUUUGCUAUCCGGAAGGGUAUGCAGAUCUCACGGAGCAUGGUCCGGUGGUAUGAGCACAACGACAUGGAGGAUUUGGAAAGAGUCCUUGCGAAAAUCACCAAGGAGCAAGCGAGAAAGCCCCUUACGAGACGAUUCAUUAUCACCGAGGGUCUCUUCGAGUCGUAUGGUGAUAUGGUUGAUCUUCCUAAGAUCAUUGAAUUGAAACUCAAGUACAAAUUCCGACUUAUCCUCGACGAAACAUGGUCAUUCGGUGUUCUCGGAAGAACCGGCCGUGGCGUGACGGAACACCAGAACGUCGAUGCAGCAGAGGUUGAUAUGAUCGUGGGCUCGCUGGCUGGUCCACUGGUUGGCGGAGGUGGUUUUUGUGCUGGUUCGGAAGAGAUUGUGCAUCAUCAGCGUAUCUCUGCGGCCGCGUACACGUUCUCCGCCGCGCUGCCCGCCCUCCUCUCGACGACGGCUAGUGCCUCCAUCAACCUUCUGCAGAGUAGCCCUGAAAUGGUGUCGCAACUUCGUGAGCAUACCAAAGCCAUGUGGGCUCAAUUGGACCCUCGCAGUGACUGGGUUUACUGCACUAGCGCCCCCGAAAACCCCGUCAUGAUCCUUGUGCUCAAACCGGAGGUGGUGGCGGCGAAGAGACUUUCUGUUGAAGACCAGCAGUACAUUUUGCAGGAUGUGGUUGACGAGUGCCUCACAAAUGGUGUUCUGAUCAGUCGUUUGAAGACCCUGGAAGACAACUUUGAACCGAAGCAAAUCGUCCCUCCAGCUCUCAAAGUGUGUGUCACGACCGGUCUUACAAAGAAGGAAAUCGAGAAGGCUGGAACGAUCAUCCGGCAUGCCAUCACGAAAGUUGUGAGCAAACGGAAGUAA